AUGGCCAUCCCUAAGGUGGAUCGGUUUCGGCGGCACCCACUUGCCGUCCUCUCUCUCCACCUCGCCGUAGUAGCCGCUCUCACCACGGUCACCUCCCAGGCGCCUUCGCCGCCGCAGCUGCAGCUGCUCACGAGGGCCACCGGCCGCACCGUGCCUACUACCGUCAUCGCCAUCGCCGUCAUCGUCUUCUUCGUCCUCGUCCUCCUCUGCGUCCUCGUCAAUCGGUGGCGUAGCAGCUCCGCGGACGCGGACGCCAGCGUCGGAGGACAGCAGGGAUCCAUCAGGCGGCGCAGGCGCGGGCUCGACCCGGCGGCGUUGGCCGCGCUCCCGGUCCUGCCGUACGCGGAGAUCAGGAAGCACAAGAGCGGCGGCUGGCUGGAGUGCGCCGUGUGCCUCACCGCGUUCGACGACGGCGACGAGCUCCGGCUGCUGCCGCAGUGCUCCCACGCGUUCCACCCGGACUGCAUCGACCCCUGGCUCGAGGGCCACGUCACCUGCCCGCUGUGCCGCGCCAACCUCGAGAAUCCCGCGCCGCCGCCGGUGCCGCUUUCUUCGCCUGAGACGGAGCCGCAGGCGCCCGAGGCCGUCGCUGUCCCGGUGGCGGUGGAGGACGACGAGGCGAGGAAGGAGGAGUUCGUGGAGCUCGAGAAGCUCCGCUGCGUGCGGCGCGCCGCGAGGAUGCCGCGGUCUCGCUCGACGGGGCACUCGGUCUCCACGACGGUCGCGGCUGAGGCGGGAGACCACGAAAGGUUCACGGUGCGGCUGCUGCCGCGCGUCCGGGAGGAGGUGCUCAAGUCGAGGCGGCUGCGGCACGCAACCAGCCUCGGUGGCGGCUCGGACUGCGCGGGGAGCUCGACGACGUGCUCGGUCGGUGGCGAGAGAUGUCACGGCACGCGGCGCCGUUGGGCCCUCUUGUCCAGGACGACGUCGUGGUCGUGGGCACAGGGCGGCGGGGAAGGGUCGGAGCGGAAGAAAGGCGUGGGGCCUGGGGCAGGCACAAGACGGCCGCCGUGCGGUCAUGCAGUAUGCUCCCUGGCGGCGCGGUGGCCGGCACGGUGCAAAGCCAAUAAUGUGGUUUGAUUUUGAUUUUGUUCUCCUUUUCAUAUUUUUAUUGUGUCGGUUUGUUUGUUUUUUGUCAAUUUGUUUGGGAUUGGAUUGACUUUGUAAAAAGAAAAACAUGGGAACCCACUACAUCGCUAGAACGGCAUGAAACACGGCGUCCCUCCCUCGGCGUGUCUAAUUGCCUCAAGAAAAAGUCAUUUUUCUCCGAAAGUCAAUGUCC